AUGGCGCCUGGUGCACAAGCAUUACUGCGUAAAUCGCCGGACGAUGUCGUGAUUACUAUGGCCAUUCGCUCGCCGAUGUGCAAAGCGAAGAAAGGCGCGUUCAGAGAUAUGAGGGCUGACGAACUUUUGACGGAGAUGUUCAAGCGCGCCAUCGAGCAUAGUCACGUCGACCCCAAGGUCAUUGGUGACAUAUGCGUCGGCACUGUGCUUCCCAAGGGUCCCGUGUAUGAAGCUCGCACUGCUGCACUGGCUGCUGGCAUUCCCGACAGCGUGCCAGUUCAAACCAUCAACCGCUUUUGCUCUAGUGGACUCAUGGCAAUCACCACCAUCUCAAAUCAGAUACGUGUAGGCCAGAUCGAGGUCGGACUGGCGAUUGGCAUUGAGUCUAUGACAGCCAACCCUGACGACGGUGCAAGUAUGGCUAGCGAAGAGAUCAAAGCUCACGAUCUGGCUGUUGAUGCCUUACAGCCGAUGGGUUGGACCAGCGAGAACGUCGCUCGCGACUUCGGCAUCAGCCGUAUUGACAUGGACGAACUCGCAGCUCUUUCAUUCCAGCGCGCGGAGAAGGCGGCAGCAGAGGGUAUCUUCGCAUCUGAAAUCGUGCCCUUCACCGCCUUACAGAAGGACACUGCGACCGGGGAGCGUCGACUGGUUGUCAUCAGCGCCGACGAUGGUAUACGACCUGGUACGACCAAGGAGGGUCUGGCAAAGGUCCGGGCCGCAUUCCCUCAAUGGCCCCCGGCCAAUACGACAGGUGGCAACGCAUCACAAGUGACGGAUGGCGCGGCCGCUGUGCUGCUCAUGACGCGCCGCAAAGCAGAACAACUAGGUCUACCCAUUCUAGCCAAGCACGUCACGACGUCCGUUGCUGGCCUGGCGCCACGUAUCAUGGGCAUUGGUCCCAGCAUCGCGAUUCCGAUGCUUCUCAAGUCUGUGGGCAUCACGAAGGAGGAUGUGGACUUAUUUGAGAUCAAUGAAGCCUUCGCCUCGAUGUAUGUUUAUUGCACCCGCAAGCUUGGUCUUGAUCUCGACAGGGUGAACGUGAAUGGAGGCGCGAUUGCUCUAGGCCAUCCGUUGGGCUGUACUGGUGCUCGGCAGGUCGCCACCGGCCUGAAUGCGCUGCAACGCCGGGGCGGCAAGAUACUCGUCACAUCAAUGUGUAUUGGUACGGGAAUGGGAGCAGCUGGGCUGUUUGUUCGCGACUAG